AUGUACAGCUUCAUGGGAGGUGGCUUGUUCUGUGCCGGAAUCGGGAACAUACUACUCAUUGUCUCUACGGCAACUGACUACUGGAUGCAGUACCGUCACUCCAGCAAUUACAUGCACCAGGGCCUGUGGCGGUACUGUGUGCCUGGGAAAUGCAUGACACACACAGACAGCAUUGCGUACUGGGAUGCCACCCGGGCCUUCAUGAUUCUUUCCCUGCUGGCUUGUUUCAUCGGCAUCGUGAUUGGUGUCAUGGCCUUCAUCCACUACUCCUCCUUUGACGGGUUUGACAAGACAUUUGCAGCCGGCAUCCUGUUCUUUAUCUCCUGCUUCUUUGUGUUGCUGGCCAUGGCUGUCUACACAGGAGUGACAGUGAACUACUAUGGUAAACGCUAUGGCAGCUGGCGAUUCUCCUGGUCCUAUAUAAUGGGCUGGGUGGCAGUGGUGCUCACAUUCUUCUCAGGUAUCUUCUACAUGUGUGCCUAUCGGAUGCACGAAUGCCCAAGAAACUCUAACUCACGCUGA